AUGGCUCUGUCUCAGUCAGUAGCGCAGGGUAACGCUGACGAAGAAGACGAUGAACUAACUCUGCCUGUUUAUCACCAACAAGACGAUCUCCUCUCUCUUGUUCAUGUGGCGUUGAUGAUACGAGCUGAUCUGCGGGAGACACCAGGUUAUAAGGGACUCGACAUGUGUAUGAACGAUGUCGGUGAUUGUGUUCCCGAAAGUCUGCAACUGUUUCUAAAUCUUUUGUUUGGAGGCGAAUAACUUUUAGAUGAGGAAACGAUUGAAGAAAAAGAAAAUGAAGUUCGCCGGAAAGCGCGUGCUGUUGCUCAAGAUAUUGUGUACGAGGUAAGCAACGGUAAGAAAUGGACACCUGAACUCAUUGGCUUAGGGAGCACCCUUCACCAAGUCACAAGAUCGAAAGAUCUUGUUAAACUUUUGUCAUAAGGCAGGACAUAUUCUGAGUUAUGACCAAAUUCUUCAACUUGAUAGGUGUUUAGCCGAGAGUAUUUUAAACACUUUGGAUGAAGAAAGCGGAACCGCGAUACCGCCAAAUUUGGUGCAAGGUAAUUUCGUACACAUCUCUGCUGAUAACAUUGAUAUUUUGGAUGAAACGUUGGACGGUAAGAACACGUUUCAUGCCACACCAAAUAGCUGCAUGGCAACGUGGGGCAGAAAAUUCGUCGUUACUUGACGGUGUAAAUCCAUCCAAAAAGCGAAGUCUCAAUAUUCCAGAAUCGAUGGACAAGAUUGAAACGAUCGUUGCAAGGAAAAUCAAUCCUGUCUUCAUUAAAGCAGUUAAGACGACGUGGUAUGACCAAGCUGAAGAUAAGAAAGAAUGUAAACAAGCUGCCAAAGCAACUGAUUUGGCAUUCAAUAUGCUACGAAGCGAAGGUGUGAUCAGAAGCGAUUGGACGGAGUUUAACCAGUCGCCAUCACGAGGAGAAUUUGGCGACAAGUCCGGGCAUGAAGUAACAAACACAGGACGAAAUCAGUAG